CAAAAUCGCCUCACGCUUCCGUUUCGAAUCCUUCGUCGCCUCACGCUCACGCUCACGCUGCUUGCUCCUCCUCCCCCCCAUCCCUCCGCCCCUCCCAUGGCGUCCCUCUUCGGGGCUCGCCGCCGGCGAUCGCCGGAGUACGACGGCGAGGACGAUAGAUCCGGCGGAGGGAGGGCCAAGCGCCGGCGCCUGUCGCCGGAGGAGGCGGCGGCGUCGCCGGCGGAGCCGGGCGCGGCGACGGGGACUAGCCACGGCUGGCUCUCCGGCUUCGUCUCCGGAGCGAAGAGGGCCAUUUCUUCCGUUUUGCUGUCCUCUUCGCCCGAGGAGACCGGCUCGGGGGAGGACGGGGAGGUGGAGGAGGAGGACGACGACGUAUACGAAGAGGGCAUCGACUUGAAUGAAAAUGAAGAUAUUCAUGAUAUUCACGGGGAAAUAGUUCCUUAUAGCGAGUCAAAACUUGCUAUUGAGCAAAUGGUUAUGAAGGAAACAUUCUCAAGGGAUGAAUGUGAUAGGAUGGUAGAGCUAAUAAAAUCAAGAGUUAGAGAUUCUACUCCUGAAACCCAUGAGUAUGGAAAGCAAGAAGAAAUCCCAAGUAGGAAUGCAGGCAUUGCACAUGACUUCACAGGAACAUGCCGCUCCUUGAGCCGUGAUAGGAAUUUCACUGAAUCGGUCCCAUUCUCUAGUAUGAGAAUGAGACCUGGUCAUUCUUCUCCAGGCUUUCCACUCCAAGCAUCACCUCAGCUAUGCACUGCAGCAGUUAGGGAAGCAAAAAAAUGGUUGGAAGAGAAAAGGCAGGGACUGGGCGUAAAACCUGAAGACAAUGGAUCAUGCACAUUAAAUACAGAUAUAUUUAGUUCUCGUGAUGACUCUGACAAGGGUUCUCCAGUUGAUUUGGCGAAAUCAUACAUGCGGUCAUUACCUCCUUGGCAAUCCCCAUUCUUAGGCCAUCAAAAGUUUGACACAUCACCCUCCAAAUACUCUAUCUCGUCAACAAAGGUAACUACAAAGGAGGACUACCUUUCCAGCUUUUGGACAAAAUUGGAGGAAUCACGAAUAGCUCGCAUUGGAUCAUCUGGAGAUUCUGCUGUUGCUUCUAAAUUAUGGAAUUAUGGUUCCAAUUCCAGAUUAUUUGAGAAUGACACUUCCAUAUUCUCAUUGGGCACCGAUGAGAAAGUUGGAGAUCCUACCAAAACUCAUAAUGGCUCUGAGAAAGUUGCAGCAACAGAACCACUCGGUAGAUGCUCCUUACUUAUUACACCAACUGAAGAUAGAACUGAUGGUAUUACUGAGCCUGUGGACCUUGCAAAGAAUAAUGAGAAUGCACCCCAAGAAUACCAAGCUGCAUCUGAAAUUAUCCCUGAUAAAGUUGCAGAGGGUAAUGAUGUGUCUUCCACAGGAAUUACUAAGGAUACUACUGGCCAUAGUGCAGAUGGUAAAGCUCUCACUUCAGAACCGCAUAUAGGGGAAACACAUGUCAACUCAGCUUCAGAAUCCAUACCAAAUGACGCAGCUCCCCCAACCCAGAGCAAAAUGAAUGGGUCGACCAAGAAAUCAUUAGUCAACGGUGUUUUGGAUCAACCAAAUGCCAACUCAGGGCUAGAAUCUUCGGGAAAUGAUUAUCCUAGCUACACUAACUCGAGCAGUGCUAUGCCACCCGCGAGUACCGAGUUAAUUGGGUCUGCAGCUGCUGUUAUAGAUGUUGAUUCUGCUGAGAAUGGCCCAGGUACGAAACCAGAACAACCGGCUAAGGGAGCCUCGAGAGCAUCGAAAUCCAAGGUUGUUCCACGAGGACAGAAGAGGGUGUUGCGAAGCGCAACAAGAGGAAGAGCGACGUAGGGGCAUUGCUGCGCUACAUUGUUGUGUACUAAUAUAUGUUGACGGCCCAGAAGGGCAACAUGAUCCCUAGGUUAACUAGAGCUAGCGCCGACUGGUCGUUUCCACGUACGAUGCACUGCGCAUCAGCCUGUAUCCAUGUUGUAUUAUCGUAGGGCUUGUAAUGACCACAUGCCCUGGUUAGAGUUGAUCAUUAGGACCAGUAGCUGCUUGAUUUGUGUCUCGGUGAUCUAGCUUUGGGUAGUUUGUGCAGUUGGAAGGAGACAGUUUGUUGGUUGUAUUGUAUUGCAGCGCACAGCUAGCAAGUGUUGUUGU